CCUGAGGUAGUAUUAGUUGCCGCGCGGCCGCGUUCCGGUGCCUUUUUACCGCGGACCCCUCGGGCCGGGUUCUCUCGCCCGUUCCCGCGCAGCACAAGACGCAGGUUCCGUCCCGCGUGGUGCAGCCCCGGCUGGAGCGGCGAUGCGCCUCAUCCAGAACAUGUGCACCAUCGCCGAGUACCCCGCCCCGGGCAGCGCCGCCGCCGCCGCCGACUGCUGCCUGGGGGCGGCGGGCCGCCGCCUGGUCAAGAUCGCUGUGGUGGGGGCCAGUGGCGUGGGCAAGACCGCUCUGGUGGUCCGGUUCCUCACCAAACGGUUCAUCGGUGACUAUGAAAGAAACGCAGGUAAUCUCUACACCAGACAAGUGCAAAUAGAAGGUGAAACCCUGGCUCUUCAGGUUCAAGACACCCCGGGUAUUCAGGUGCACGAGAACGGCCUGAGCUGCGGCGAACAGCUGAAUAGGUGCAUCCGCUGGGCCGAUGCCGUGGUGAUCGUGUUCUCUGUCACCGACUACAAGAGCUAUGAACUCAUCGGCCAGCUCCACCAGCACGUCCAGCAGCUGCACCUGGGCAGCCGGCUGCCGGUGGUGGUCGUGGCCAACAAAGCCGACCUGCUGCACGUCAAGCAGGUGGACCCCCAGCUGGGACUGCAGCUGGCCGGCAUGCUGGGCUGCUCGUUCUACGAAGUGUCCGUCAGCGAGAACUACAACGAUGUCUAUAACGCCUUCCACGUCCUGUGCAAGGAAGUGAGUCACAAACAGCCCAGCAGCACGCCGGAGAAGCGCAGAACCUCCCUCAUCCCCCGUCCCAAGUCCCCCAACAUGCAGGACCUGAAGAGGAGGUUCAAGCAAGCCCUGUCGGCCAAAGUGAGGACUGUCACCUCUGUCUGAAGCAGGGACGUCCACCGGGGUGGGGGGGGUUGGUCUUCCCAGGAAGGGGGCCCGAGGAUCUUCUAGUGCAGGAUCGUUGAAUACUGGCAGGAGUUUGUGGUUCCAGAAAGGGCCGGAGCCCAGGGGCCAGGAGGGCCUGGGGAACUGCUGCAGAAAAGUCUGCGUUCUGAGCAGGGAGACAGAACUGCCGAGGCUGCGGGGGGAGCCCACUGAGAUGCUCUGGACACACGACCUGAGCUCAGUGUCUUUUCCUUUGCCGUGGUGAGGGCGGCAGAAUCACUUUGGAGUCCACUCCUUACCUUGUAAAUGACCGUCAGCUGUAGUUUCAGCAACGGGAUGGGUAUGCUUGACAGCGGGAAUGAAGAACAGACUAAGCACUGUCCCCUUUUUUCUCUUUCUUCCUUUUCCCUCUUCUCCCCCCAAGAGGAAGAACUGCUUUUUCUCUCACACGUCUGAUUUGCAUCUCCGGAACACUAGUCCUGACAGAAUGCCUUUCUAACCUGAAGGAUACCCCAGAUUUCUUCUUUAAGGAGCAAGGAGGAAAUUACUCCCCCGCCCAGCCCCCCAAUAAAGGGUGGGGUUUAUGGGCCAGAUGUGAUGUAGGUGGACGGCCAUCUGUAAGCUUACAGUGCCUGCAGGAAGGGACUGCUUCCUCCUGACCCAGGAUGGGUGUGCUUGGUCGAGUAUGUGUUAAAGGGUUGACAACUCAAACUCUUCAGCCCCAGACUUUGGAGUAAUUGCGAGACUGUAUCAUUCUUUUUAACUCUUGCAUCAGGUACAGAAAAAAAAAAAGAUGUGUUCAUUGACUUUGGUGUGAUUUGUGUGAGUGGCUCAAGGCAAUGACGUCGGGUCAUUUCCCAGGCCUGGCCGAGUCGUGGCUUAAAUACGGAAACACGGUCUUACCGCGAGCGAACAGAUAGAGGGGCCGCCGCCAAAUCCCCGACACAGAUGCACUUUAAAAAGCCACUCAUUCUUUGGCUUAAACUGUAAUUAAUUUAUUUUAUGUACAAUAAAUCUCAUUU